AUGAUCGCCGAGACUGGCUGUAUUGAACUGUCAACGUCUCCAGGUCGACCUCGUAUUAUUCGAACAAACUAUACGAUUCAAAAAGUUAAAAACCGUUUGAAGCGGAAGAAACGCGUCUCAGCUCGAAAACUGGCCAGUGAACUUAAAAUUUCAAGAAGAAGUGUGCAGAGAAUUUUGAAAAAUGAUUUAGGAUUAACGUCGUACAAGAAAAGAAUCGAACCACUACUCACGGACACUCAAAAAGCUAAACGAAUCACGUUUGCAAAUUGGGUUCAUCACAAUUUUUCGAAAGAACAAUCUUUGAGAAUUCUUUUUUCUGACGAGAAAAUGUUUGAUCUCAAUGGUAUGUACAACUGUCAAAACGAUCAAGUCUGGGCUGUGAAUCGUGCCGAAGCCGAUAAGAAUGCCGGCGUUAAACAAAAACAGCAAUUUCCACAAAAAGUCAAGGUUUGGUUAGGCGUUUGUUCAGAAGGCGUAACUCCUUUGGUUACUUUGGAUAAUGGCACAGUAAAUCAUCAACGAUAUAUCGAUGAAGUACUUCCUGUGGCUCUAAAGUAUGGAAAUAACGUGUUUGGAGAUGACUGGACGUUCCAGCAAGACGGUGCCAAGCCUCAUAUUCACCAACUUUCUCAAAAAUGGUGCAAUGAUCAUUUUCCUGGACUUAUUGUCAAAGAUCAUUGGCCCCCGAAUUCUCCCGACUUGAACCCUUUAGACUACUCUAUCUGGGACGAAUUUGUUCACCAAGUCAACUGGAACAAAGUUCAGUCAAAGACAACGUUAAUUGCAGAGUUGAAGCGAGCUGUGAAACGAAUUAGAAAAGAAGUUGUACUGGAAAGUUGUGAGAGUUGGACCAAGCGAUUGUAUCGUUUGAAAGAAAAUAACGGAGAUUAUUUACAUUAA